GUCUUAUCCGGAGAUACGAUAUUUCGGGCGUUACUCGUGGCCUUUACUUCAAUGUCAUAUUUGAUGUAAACGAAUCCGAUCUUUGCAUUGUUAACCUCGGAAUCAAAGUUAAUCCUAACUGUAGGCGCGAAAUAGGAAAGUUCAUAGAGAGAGUAGAGUUAGACAAAAAUUUACACGCGUUUUUCAAAGGGUUUAUCGAAUAUGCGCGACUAAAUCAGCAGCGCACAUUAUUAUUUAACGCGUUGAGACAAAAAUACUUAUCUUUGGUUGUGCAAGCUACUUCUUCGCUAGAUUAUUCUAAAUACAAUGAUUUUGUUGAAGAUCCCUUAAUAACUUAUUCAUCUAUUAGCAGUCGUGUUAGUCCAGAAUUGACAUUUUUGUGGUAUUUAAACGUAACACCGUUCGGUCACGUUCAUCCCACUGUUCAGUUAUUCACGCGAAUGCCCAGUCAAUGGACCGCUUCCGAUAAGAACCGAUUAAUCGAUCGAAUCCCAUACAAUUUUCAAAUGCUAGUGGAGCUCAAGGGAAUUCAAAUAGCAAUCGAGGUGUUUGUUCAAUGUAUCUUUGGGCAUGAUAAUUAA